AAUAAAUAAAAGGCCCCCUGUUUUCCUCUGUUUUAAAAUGAGCCAAGUGUCUGAACUACUGAAGGAAGAGGAGCAGUUUUUUUUCCUGAGUGGAGGGAGAGAAGCGUGCGCCACUCUCUUCCAAUUUUUUCAAACCCACUUCUCCUAAAACCAACUACUAACUGCCAUGUACUUCAUAUCCCAUGUUGCUUCGGUUAGCUCUUCUUCACCUUCUCCUCAAAACACUCCAUUUUCAAUCCAUUCUUCUUUCCCCUGCAACAUGUAAACUCACUCCCAACUUCAGCUUCCUAUUGAAUUCUACUACUGUUACUUCAAGAAUAAAGCAGAGUGAAAACAUUGAGAGAUGUUUGAUUUCUUGUUUGGGUGGCGAAAAGCUUCUAAAUGCAAGAAGCUGAUCAAACGAGUUCAGUGCCGACUCAAGCUGUUAAAGACCAAAAGGUAUUCAAUUGUGAGGCAGAUUAGGGAGGACGUGGCUCAGCUCAUCAAGAUUGGCUAUGAAGAUAUUGCCUUCAAUCGGGCUGAGCAUCUUUUUAUAGAUGAAACCAUUAUGGACAUUUAUGAAUUACUGGACAAUUUCUGUGAUUUUAUCCUCGUCCACAUAUCGUAUAUCCGCAAGCACAAGGAUUGUCCCAAUGAUAUCAAUGAAGCAGUUUCGAGUCUUAUAUUUGCCUCUGCAAGAUGUGGGGAUCUACCAGAGCUUCGAUCUAUCCGCAAGCUCUUUGGAGAGCGUUAUGGCCAGAGAUUUGAAAUGACAGCUCUUGAACUAUUGCCUGGCAAUCUUGUCAACCUCCAGGUGAAAGAGAAACUGUCCAUUAAAUCAGUUCCUGAUGAUGUGAAGCAAAAAUUAGUAGCUCAGAUAUCUAGAGAUUACAGCCUCAAGCCAGAGAUUUUUGCACUUGCAUACACUUCUGAACUUCAGCAACAGGUACUAGAUAUUGAUUUUCAAACUUAUGAUAAAGAGGGAAAAGCCAAAUAUGCAGAUGCAGCAUCUACUGUGAUGAGUACCAUACCAUUCGGUGCUCAUCAGGAAGACAAGAUGAGUACUUCCAUUACUUCUUCUAUAGUUGAGCGAUCUCCACCAGAUAUAAUGAAGUCUCCGAUGAAUGGAAAAGCAGGAUUGGAGUCUCCCCACAAAUUCGAAGCUGUAGCUUUUGGUUCUGAUGAAAGUCAGAAAACUUGCAGAGCUUACAUUCCCAAUUCAGAUCACAAGCAAGAGCGAAAGAUGACAGCUUCUUCUUCAGAAAGUUUGCCUCAGCUUCCCGAGGAAAUGAUAACCUAUCUUGAUGACGUAGAGGAGGUUCAACAAUCCAUUAAGAAUGAAGGAAGCUGCCAGGACCAAAGGAUUUUCAAGUUCAAAUCAUCUGUGCUGCCUACAGAUGGAAAAGCUGAAGACUGUUAUAGUGAUUCCUCAAGCUCAUGUAGCACAAGAAAGAGAGAAAAGGCUGUCAGGAAAAGAACAAGGAGGAGAUCCUUCUCUCGAGGAAAUUCAAGUGUGAAGGAUAUUGAAUGCUUGAUUUAUUAUGACGAGCCAUACACGAGAUCUCCAAAUCCUAGGUCACAUCUUCACAGUAAGCAUCUAAGGAAGAAUGUAGUACAAAAUAGCGAGCAGGCAUUUCAUGAAGAGAAGAGGCAGAAACAUCCUCACUCCUGCUGCUGCUUUAAUCUUGAGGCUGAGUGCUGCUGCCAUCCGUAUUAUUUUUAUAUUGGUGAUGGCAGAGAUGAUCAGAAAUCUCCUCGUCCAAAGCAGAAUGACACGAUUAGUCAUGGCUUAGAACAAAAGCAUGUUCAUAAGUGUUGUAGGAUUGGAAAACCAGACACAGAAAUGGAAUGGUAUACCUUUCCUGAUCAGAGGCCUAGAAGAAGAAGCUGUGAAUUUGGUGGUAGUGCAUUCAGCUCUUUAACCAAUUCAGAUUGCCAGCCUGAUAAGCGAAGCAAGGUAGCGAAAGGAAAGGUCAAUGAAUUUGAUCCUCUAGGCAGCCAUUUUGCUUCUAAUAAUUCAUCACCUAAGGCUACUAGUCCUUUGACAAGAAAAGCACCAAAGCCCCCUUAUUUGAGAGCCAUGACAAUGCCCCAAGAGCGGUCUAAGGGCGAUCAAACUGAAAACGCAUUUAGGUCCAGUUCUUUUGCUAUUCAGUCUCCUAAUCAUGUCCACCCUAAAUUGCCAAACUAUGAAGAGCUAGCAGCUAAGUUCUUGGCUCUUAAAAAAGAGCAUCUGCGGAAUAGACACCAAUGAAUGAUAGCCUGGAAAAUAAGGCUUAUCGAUGCACCAUAGUAAUUGUAUGAUCAUCAGGCUUUACAGUAUCCAACAUAGAGAGUAGAAUGAUUUGCUUUUGCAAUACUAAUGUCUUGAAUUAUAGAGGUUCUUUCCUUUUGUGUACUUGAAAUUGAAAUUUAGAAAGAAACUGGAAAAGUUUAUGUCA